AUGAUGUCACAGAUGCUGGCUGCGGCUUCGCCACCCGGCGGGUCGAACCAGAACAUCAUACAGAUGUGCAACUUCGAAGCCAACAAAUCUACGAAGGGAGCGUCGAAACUCCGCCGUGAUCUCAUCAAUGCAGAGAUAGCCAACCUCAGGGAUCUGCUCCCCUUGCCGUCGUCGACGCGGCAACGACUAUCUCAGUUACAGCUGAUGGCUCUAGUCUGCGUUUUCGUACGCAAAACCAAUUAUUUUCGAGAAAUGCUGAAGGAGUUCAACGAGUACGCAAGCGAAAUUCCGAUGCCUCAAUUUGGAUUUUCAAAAGCGCUCAGCGGUUUCCUGAUCAUGCUGACGCAAAAUGGGAAACUACUUUACAUAUCGGAUAACGCCGCUGAAUACCUCGGUCACUCGAUGGAAGACCUGCUGAUUCACGGAGAUUCAGUUUACGACAUCAUCGAGAAACAGGAUCACGCCAACAUCCAAGCGGAACUCUCCCGCAACCCUCUUCCUUCAGAAACACGCACGUUCCUCUGUCGCAUGAAUGUAUCUCGAAACGCUCGCCGUCAGAUGCGUUUCGGAGACCAGAAGGUUGUCCUUGUGCAGGGCCAUUUCGUCGGAUAUCUACCGCUCUGUUCGCGCAACGAACCAGUCUUCCUCGCCACGUGUACGCCGGUCGCAAUGCCCGAAACUCGGGAGUGCGUCGUCCAAGGCAGCACCCUCGUAUUCACGAGUAUCCACUCGAUGGACAUGAAGUUCCUGCAUCUGGACGCGAUCGGUGAUUACCACCUCGGUUACCAGAGGAAUAGUUUGCACGGCCUCAGCUGGUACGAAUUCGUUCACUGGGAACAUCUCACCGAAGCGCAGAGCAAACAUAAGCUGAUAACCCAAAACGAGCAAGAGAGAAGUUGUAUCCUUCUCCUACGGUUACAAACCCUCAGCCAAGGAUGGUUGUGGAUUCAUUGUGUGUUGCAAGUGAAGGAAUCAUCGUCAUCCGACUCGUCACAACAGUCGGUCAUCGUGUGCACAAACCAAGUUCUGAGUGAACAAGAAGCAUACGUCAUGCGACAGAACAGUUGGCUAUAUCAGUAUUACUCGCUGCACUCGAAAAUGUCCUACAAUUUGGGCUACAACGACCCACCGAUGCAGCCAGCGUCUCCGUCGAGUCAUCAACGCAGUAGUCAAUAUUCACCUGUGCCUUAUUCCUCGCCAUCGCCUGGCGUCCCCACGCCCCACUAUUCGUCCGUUUCCGCAUACCCAACCCCAUCGCAAGCAGUGCCAGCCCCGACGCAGGUGCCCAAAUGGUCACCUCAAGUCAUCCAGGGCAGUGGAAUCAAACGGUCGAUAAGUCCGGACGAUGAGAAGAUCCUGCCCAAAAUCCCAGCAUUUGCACAUCCCCAUCCUCAUUCACAUGGACACACGAUAAUUCCGCACCCCCAGCAACCGGUACCCCAUUACCCACAACCGAUCAUGCAUUCCGGCAUUCCCCAAUUCACGGAGCUGACACCCCCCUCCAGUGGGGGGACCGGCGGCGGAUACCUCUAUGGGAGUCUGGCUCUCGCAACGGCCGCCACAGCGCCUGUAUUUCGACAAUCGGCAAAAUACCAAUUGGACGAAGAAGCCGCUGCCUUGGCAGAUGUAGAGCAGAGUUUGACCCCAACAAACACGGACGAGGUCAGCCACUUGAUAUCGGCUGCUAACUACCUGCGGUCGGUACCCAGACCGACCUACAUAGAGCCCAUGGAUCCUUAUCAUUUCUCGCUCGCUUACCCGACAUAUUCGGAACUGGCUUUGCAAUUCCCCUGCACAUCGGAAUAUCACCGAUCUUUCAUGCCACCACCCACGUCGCCCCCGCCGCUGCUGCAGGACCGGCACGAAAACCCGAGAGAUGUGCUGAGUUGA